CUAUUUCUGUAACAAAAGUUUUAUUAAGUAUUCUUUGUUGAAGUGCGGCGCAUAUACUUGAAGAUCAUCUGAACAUCUUUGAGGAUGUGAAAGACUUUGAAGUCGAACGGAUAAAACCCAGAAAUUCCCUUCAGCAUCACCAUCGUGCAUGCUUCGUCAAUUUUAAUUUUAGCUCCGUACGUCAUGGUUGUGAUCUUUUGGGAGGUACCGACCGCGUAAAUGAACAGGUUCAUGACUUUACUUCCAAUUUGUUAAUGUCUCGAGCUUCAGGAAGCUUUAGACGUUCAUUGAAGUAUGACUAAAUCUUUGAUGGGCUGAGCCGCUUUAAUCUAAUGCUAACAACGCACCCGUUAUUUGUUUUUGCAUAAAUUAAGUCCGUGUUAUGAUUGCAUGAAGAUGGAUUCUGACUAAUGGGUUCAUCACGUGAUUGGGUUGGAAAAUUACUGACGAAAUCGGGGUGUGUUACCGGGCCGGCAACGCAUUAUCUCAUCAAUACUUGCUUUUUGUCAUCAAGAGAAGCCCUGAUGAAUCGCUGAUGUCACGUCACGUGCUACAAAGGCUAUUUCCACAUGAGUCACGCAGUCCCCCCAUCUUCUCCCUGAACUAACCCGAUUUUUCGAAACACCGUUGCCUAGGAUUUCCGUAGUUUCGUAGUUUGGCGUACAACAAUUACAUGUUUGUACUUACCGUACUUAAAAUUGUGCAGUAAUUUGGGCUAGGAAGCGAGGAUUUUGUUAAUCAUUUCUCACAGCUGCGUCUUGUCACCUGCAAACGGCAUCCCUGCUGGGAUAACGCAGUAAGCUCUCAAAGGCAGGAAUGUACCCCACGUGACAGGUCACGCGGGUUUAGAUAAUCGAUCUGAGAUAUUGUGCCAUACAGGAUAUAUUAGACUAGACCUAUUAAGCCACUUAAUGCAAUAAUAAUAUAGGGGCAAGAUAAUUGCACUGCAUGCCACCACCACUCAUAUAGUUUUUUAUCUAUGAGGACCUGAACAAUAUCUUGCGCGUCCAAAAAUCUUCCUUACCAACCACUUAUCUUUAACUUGUUUCCCCGUACAAAUUGUCAUAUGCCUUUGUCAAACGUCGUUAUGCUUGCUUGCUCUCUGCUCUUCUCCACGAAAAUCUCCCUCGUUAACUCGUUUCUGCCGUCGAGGACGAUUGCCCCAGAAACGCUCUCCCCCAUGAUAACGCCGCUGUGGCCCACCUACACCACUCACCAACCCACCCCUAGAAGUCCAGUUGGAGAGAUUACAAGGAGUCAGGGGCUGUCGACGGAAGCUUGUCAGAGGGUUAACGGACUGACUCAGAAGCAAAAAGCUGUUUGCGCCGAAUCCCCCGCUCUUAUCCCCGUGAUUGUGCAGGGUAUCAAAAAAGCUAUCUCGGAGUGUCAGCAGCAAUUUCGUAGCCGACGGUGGAAUUGCAGCUCGUUUGAAGUAAACGUCGUUUUUGGGAAGAAAAGGAAGCCCCAAUUGCCAGGAACCAAGGAGAGAGCAGUUAUCCAUGCUAUAGCGAGUGCUGGCGUUGUGGACGUUGUGGCUAAGUCGUGUUACAAUGGUAACCUCACAGCCUGUGGUAUGUGUCCGGUCGGUGUCCGGAACAUAGGCCCUAACAACGCCUACCAGUGGGGCCUCUGUAGCGACAAUAUUGUGCUAAGUGCCACGUUUGCAAAGAGGAUGCUGGAUGCCCGAGAAAACAGCUACACUCCGCUCUCCGCCCUCAACCUCCACAACAAUGAAGUCGGCAGAGAGACUACGUACGAGCUAGCUAGCAAAACAUGCCGCUGUCACGGUCAAUCUGCUUCCUGCUCCGUUCAGACGUGUUGGCACGCUUUCCCUACUUUUGACAAGGUUGCGAGGAAGUUGGCGAUGAAGUACGACAUGGCGCUCCUAGCAGUUGAGUUUAGGAAAAGAUCGGGUCUGUUCAAGCUGGUAGAAGCUGACCAGCCUUCCAAGAGACUGGUGAAUCACCGACAGAAAGGAGGAAUUAACAGGGACCAGGAAGUCACUCAACUUUAUUAUUUGAAGGAAUCACCGAGUUACUGUGAUCCAGACCCCACCAGAGGCUCCCUCGGCACACGGGGCAGACGUUGCACGCUCUCCGGGGACAAGUGGGAAAAUUGCGAAUUCCUGUGCUGUGGUCGCGGGUACAGAACAGAGACGUUUGAAACGAUAGUAGACUGCAACUGCACAUUCAAGUUCUGCUGUUACGUGCAGUGCGAGAAGUGUCCGGAAAUACAGCAUCAUCACUACUGUCUCUGAACACAUUCUCACCGGAAUUCUUGUUCCGGAAACUUCAGGAUUUUGAUCAUGCCCGGACUUAGUGCGAAAUGGCAGAUCGAUCGAAAAAACUGUCCGUGCCAAAGGACAAGUAGGUCUAGUGAACACUUAUACUCGUUGAGUUAGACCGUUUAGAUUGAAAUAAAUAAUCUGGUUACAUUCGGUAAUUUUAUUUCAAAUAAAUUGUUUUUGUACAAAGCAGACGGAUUCUUGAAUCAGUGGAUUGCAAACUGUAAUCGAAUUCAAAAUCCGUGCGUAAUGAAAAUUCUUUAUGAUGAAGAGUUAUGAUGGUUUUAUACGAUGAGAAAAUAGUAUUUGUGUAAGUAACACUUCAUAGAUUUGUAAAUACGACUUAUUUGUAGCUUUGAUAAGGCAAAUUUUGAGCUUAUUUAUAAAAAAACUGGAUCCACAUUGUACAAUAUUUUAGGUUAAUUAGGGCGAAAUGAGGAGUUAGACCUCAUCAAUUGCUCUGUAGAAUCCUGAGUAUCCCCCUUAUUUUCCACAUUAUUUCAUGAGAGCUUCUCCCAGAACCCCUACUGACUACUCCAUCCCUAAAUGCUAUUAUUAUUAAAGACCAUCCUUUAGGAGGUGCUUACAGUCUUUUCCUACUUUAGAAACCUCAGACUAAUCAGAUUUUGCCUGGUUGUGAUUUUCCUAUUUUCAUGUAUCCUUUUUUUUUGAAGAUUUUUGAAGAUUUGGACAGUCGUGUUUUUUUGUAGAUUUAGUUACCUAAAGAAGUAAAGAGUGUUGUGUGUAUCCAGAACUUUAAGAUUAUUGACUUUACUGAUGAGAAUUACAGCCAACAGUCAAGUCAAAAAAAGUUUGCUACUCAUUUAACGCAUGUUCAAAAUUCAUUUGCUCAAAAUAUUUCCUGAUCAGAAGUUUCCCAAACGUAUUUUUUAGUAGAUUUUCUGACUGUAAUAUCACCACAUCUGCAUGAAUAUUAUCCUAGUCAAUCAUAUUAAAUGUUAUCUUCUUCUUGAAUUUUUAGUUAGUCAGACUUCCAGAACGUUGCAGUCUCACUAGUUACUGAAGGUUAGUUUUAGUAUUAGUGAAGUGGCCGGAUUAAAAUGACAGAUUGUGUAGAAUUUUACUGAAGUUGAUGACAAAAUUUUAGUGGUUGAACAUCCUCACUUAAAGCUUAAGCUUGUUUGUAUGGUGUUUUAUUUAAAAAGGAUUUAUUUAGUUUGAUAAAGAUUUAUUUAACUUAUCUUACUGAUAAUUAUAUUCGAGCAGAUUAAGCUCGAAGUAAGAACUUUGUUUUAUUUGUAGAACUAGCACUUUCUAAAUUGUAUCUUA